AAUCUGCUUACGAACUACUUUGUUUUGUGUAUGAAUUUGAUUGUUUAUAUCAGUGGUCAGCCAUUUUGUUGACAGAGGAGAGGAAAACUAUUUUACGCCUGAAAUUUCAACUCAAAUUACAGCAAUCAUGAAGUGGGAAUACAAAGAAGAACAUCCUUUUGAGAAAAGAAGAGCCGAAGGCGAGAAGAUAAGAAAAAAAUACCCAGACAGAGUGCCCGUCAUUGUUGAAAAGGCACCAAAGGCACGCGUGGGAGAUUUGGAUAAGAAAAAGUAUUUAGUUCCUUCAGAUUUAACUGUUGGUCAGUUUUAUUUCUUGAUCAGGAAGAGGAUUCACUUGAGACCUGAAGAUGCCCUGUUUUUCUUUGUGAAUAAUGUCAUUCCUCCGACCAGUGCCACCAUGGGAUCCCUGUAUCAGGAACAUCAUGAAGAGGAUUUCUUUCUUUACAUCGCUUACAGUGAUGAGAGUGUAUAUGGUGCAUAAUGUUUUCAAUGCUUGGUGAUACAUCAGA